AUGUACUCUGGUACAACAACGUGGUACCGGCCAACAGAUAGAACACAAAACAUGGACAAUAGGCGGCGCAGCGCAGAGGGACAGCCCCCAUGCAAGGCCCAGGCAUGUGCGAUCCAGGCAUGUCUGAAACGCACAGGGUACGAGGAGGGCCGUUGCGCGGCGGCAGUGGAGGCACUGUACACGUGCUGUGCGCAGUUCUACGAACGCGAGGGCCGCGAUGCGCGGUCGGUGUGCUGCCCGGCACCGGAUGUGGUGGCGGCAAGGCGGCAAGAAGUAGAUAAAUAG